UGGCUGGCGCGUGCGCGUCAGGGCCGUUUGGGCUGUGGAGUGGCUGCCGCACAGUAACGGGAAGGGCGGCGCUCUGUGGCGGACGGCGGCGGUGGUGGCUGUUUCCUCCGUUGGGUCUCGGUGGCUGAGGCCGUCGGGGCCAGGCUCAUUCAACGCUGAGGCGGCGGCGCGGUCAUGGCGUCUUUCGUGGAGAGCUUCUGGGGGGAAAGGAACAAUGGCUUUGAUGUCCUCUAUCAUAACAUGAAACAUGGACACCUAUCAACAAAAGAUCUAGCAGAUUUUAUAAGAGAAAGGGCUGCAAUAGAGGAGGCAUAUUCAAGGUCAAUGACAAAGUUAGCCAAAUCAGCAAGCAAUUACACGCAGCUUGGGACAUUUGCACCAGUUUGGGAUGUUUUCAAAAUAUCAACAGAAAAAGUAGCAAGCUGUCACUUGGAGCUUGUCCGGAAAUUACAAGAGCUAAUAAAAGAAGUGCAGAAGUAUGGAGAUGAACAAAUCAAAGCUCAUAAAAAGACUAAAGAAGAAGUUUCAGGAACUUUGGAAGCAGUGCAAAACAUUCAGAGUAUCAUUCAAGCCCUACAGAAAUCAAAAGAGAACUACAAUACUAAGUGUGUGGAACAAGAACGUUUGAAAAAGGAAGGAGCAACACAAAGAGAAAUUGACAAGGCAUCAAUAAAAUCAAAGAAAGCUACGGAUACCUAUAAACUCUAUGUAGAAAAGUAUGCUGCAGCUAAAUCUGACUUUGAAAAGAAAAUGACGGAAACUGCACAGAAAUUUCAGGACAUUGAAGAAAUGCAUCUCCUUCACAUGAAAGAGAUUGUAGAAUCAUUGUCAAAUACUGUAAAAGAAAUUCAUUUACAAAUAGGCCAGGUUCAUGAAGAAUUUAUUAAUAACAUGGCAAAUACUACAGCUGAAAGUUUGAUACAAAAAUUUGCAGAGUCAAAAGGCACUGGCAAGGAGAGACCUGGCCUUAUCGAAUUUGAAGAAUGCAACACAGCUAGUGCCGUUGAAGGGAUCAAACCAAGGAAAAGAAAGGCAUUUGGUUUAUCAGGAAUAAUUAAGAAAGAAAAAGAUGCAGAAUCUGUGGAAUGUCCAGAUGCAGAUUCAGUUAACAUUCCUGAUGUAGAUGACGAAGGGUACAGUAUUAAACCAGAAGCAAGCCAGAAUAUCAAAGAGAACCAUUUCUACUCAUCCAGUGAUUCUGACUCUGAAGAUGAUGAACCGAGGAGGUUCCAUGUAGAAAUCAAACCUGUACAGCCAAAUAAUAGCUCUCACUACACUAUGGCUUCAUUGGAUGAAUUAAAAGUAUCUAUAGGGAACAUCACUCUUUCUCCAGCAAUAUCUAGACACAGUCCUGCGCAAAUGAACAGGAAUUCACCUAGUGAAGAGUUAACAAAAUCAAAGCAUUCUGCUCCAUCUAAUGAUAGGAAGGGGAACAAUGACCUCCUGGCAUGGGAUCUACCCUUUGCCACUUCUCUUGAUUCAUCUUCUUCAGCUUCAUUGACAUCCUCAGCCUCAUUAGCACAAUUUGUUCCUUUACAAAAAAGUUCUCUUUGUUCCUCUUGUAUCCUGUCUAAAGAUUGUACAGCAAAUACCACCAGUACCUCAGCCAGGCCUACAACUCCUCUUUCUGUAGGCACUAUUGUACCACCUCCAAGGCCUGCUUCCAGACCAAAGAUAUCAACAGGGAAACUUAGUGGAAUUAAUGAAAUUCCGAGGCCAUUCAGCCCACCCUUGACCUCUAACUCCAGUCCACCACCUAUAGCUCCUUUGGCACGUGCAGAGAGUAUCUCAUCAAUAUCUUCUUCAGCUUCUCUAAGUGCAGCAAAUACACCCACAGUAGGUGUUUCACGUGGUCCCAGCCCUGUCACCCUUGGAAACCAGGACACCCUGCCUGUUGCAGUAGCCUUUACUGAAUCUGUUAACGCCUACUUUAAAGGAGCAGAUCCUACAAAAUGUAUUGUGAAGAUCACUGGUGAUAUGACAGUGUCAUUCCCAAGUGGGAUUAUUAAAGUCUUCACCAGCAAUCCAUCUCCAGCUGUACUCUGCUUCAGGGUAAAAAACACAAGCAAACUAGAGCAGAUUCUUCCAAAUGCACAACUUGUAUACAGUGAUCAGUCACAAAGUGACUCCAGUACAAAAGAUUUUUGGAUGAACAUGCAAGCUGUCACAGUCUACCUCAAGAAGUUAUCAGAGCAGAAUCCAUCUGCUUCCUAUUAUAAUGUUGAUGUUUUAAAAUAUCAGGUAUCUUCAAAUGGUAUCCAGUCCACGCCUUUGAAUCUUGCAACGUACUGGAAAUGUAAUGCUAGCACUACUGAUGUAAGAGUGGAUUACAAGUACAACCCAGAAUCUAUGACUGUGCCUAGUAUGCUGUCUAACAUACAGGUUGUCGUACCGGUAGAUGGAGGAGUAACAAACAUGCAGUCCCUUCCCCCUGCAAAAUGGAAUGCAGAACAGAUGAAAGCUUUUUGGAAAAUAUCUGGUAUUUCAGAAAAAUCAGAGAAUGGAGGUUCUGGAUCCCUGAGGGCAAAAUUUGAUCUUUUAGAAGGACCCAGUAAACCAGCUACACUUGCAGUACAAUUCAUUAGUGAAGGAAGCACCCUUUCAGGUGUAGAUGUAGAGCUAGUAGGCACUGGCUACCGGCUUUCCCUAGUUAAGAAGAGAUUUGCCACUGGACGAUAUAUGGCAGAUUGCUGAUGAACCUGUGGAAAUCAUUGAAUCAAAGGAGUACAAGAAGCUAACUCUAUUUUCUCUACCUUUCAAAACACUAUUUUAACAUGCAUUACUUUUUUUAAACUUUGACCUGUUUUACAAAAUAAAAAAAAUGCACUUUUUUAAAGAAGUCAUUUUGGGGAAAAAAAUGUUAUUACUUUAUAAUAGCACUGAAGUGAACUUCAACACUGUUUGUAAAUGAUCAACUGCAAUCUUUAGGAAACUUGAUUAUUCAGAUUUUAAUAAAUUUAUAUGAACUAAGUCAAAAUACUAACCAUUAGCUAUAUUGAAAAUGUAUGACACUAUAUUAUACUGUAAACAUUAAACUUAAAGUAGGAGAGCAAGCACAAAAUAUUUUAGCUUUGUAUAAAUAAUAUUCAUAGGUAAGUUUUCUGUUUCCUUAAUUGCCAUUGUGCAAAGCAAACAGAGGCAAAGAUAAUCUCUCCGCCCACUUAUGUUACAUUAAUGUGCUAUAAAAUCAGUUGUUAGAAAGAGAUGUACACAAAAAGUAUGUGAUUCCCAUGUACCAUAUAUUAAAGUGUAAAUUGUUUUAUAUGUAAGAUUUAAUUUUUUUUCUUAAGUGCAAUGUGUUAAAAAUUGCAAAAGACAGCAGAAAUGCUUACCUCUGCUGUUAGUAAAUUUUAUGGGAGUUGUGAUAGUUUGAAUUAAUGCUCUGUAGACUUAAUUUAUUUUUAUAUGGAUUACAUAACACUUGUGCCUUUUUUUAAACUGCCUGUCCAAUUUGUUGUUGAUGUGCCUCACUUCCUUUCUCAGUCUGGCUCUUCCAUACUAUGGUGUAUGUAAUGCAUAGAACUUCAUAAAAUUCCUUUGAGUGGAAUUUAGAAAGUAUAUUUACAAUAACUGGAGGUUGCUUUGUAAAACGUUUAAAAUACUGGAUUACUUCCUUAUGGGGUAAUUGCAAUAAAUGCAGCCAUUGUAGAGGGAAAUGAAUAGCGCAAGACUUUAAUAUAGUUACAGAAAAACUCUGUGUCAAAGUUUCAACUUUAAUCUCACCAAAGAUGUGUGUGUUCUGAAGAUGCAUAAAGAAUGAUAAAAACAGGCUAAUUUUUAAAACAAAUGUAGCAUUUCCCUUCACUCUGACUACUAAAUUGUUGAAGAUUUAAGUGCUUUAUGGACUUGCGAUAUGAAUGUAAAUGUUGUGCUUUGUGAGGAAUACCAUUUUAGAAAGGUAUAUUUUUGGUAGCAGCAAGAAAAGUGCUGUCAUUUGCAUUAUUAAUUUAAGCUUCACUGAAAAACUACCACUUUGUAUGUUUGUAUUGUCACCUAAUCUAUUUGCCAUAUGCAAAAUAUAGGGAAGUUAUCUGAAGUGACACAUUGGUAGUAUUUCUUAAAACUGGUUAGUAACUUCAAAAAUCUGUUAUGUAUUGUGCUAUUGUUAAACAAGUCCUUAUUAAGUGCAGAAAUCAAAUGUUUUGGGGCAGAAUAAUUUAAUAACCUGCAAAUGGGAACUGUAUAUUAUAAUUCUGAAUAACAGUGUCUAUUCAGAUUAUAUACUGGAAGCAAUAAUAAAUUGUUUUGUUUGUGUAAUAAUUCAGGUAAAACCACUAACAAAUUGGACUGCUAAGCUUUACACAGAUGAAUUUUCAGAACACUUAUGUAAGUUCUGAUUCAUGUUACACACUACAGACAAAAAAGUCCAUUGUUAAACAAUAUACAGUACAGUAUGUACUUUUUAUAUGUAUUUCUUGUUAUAACAAACCUGAAUUAAAUUUGACUGGAGCAGUACAUAUGGCUCUUAAUUUGCUAAAAUAUUACUCUUUCCUGAAUAAUGAACAUAACUAGAAUAUCUAAUUCUUAUUGUAAUUGGCAUUUAAAAUGGUACAGUCUUUUACUGGAAUCUUAUUUGUAAUUUGCUUUGCAAUCAAACUGUGUGUUUAACCUGAUAUUUUAUUAUUGAAAUCCAAGAAUUAUUUUACUCUCCAUUUUUAAUCAAGUAUUAAUUUCUAAAUUAAUGAAGUAGUUAAGUUCCAACAAUUUAAACUGGCAUUCAUACCAGGUGAUAAAACAUACAUUUAUAAUGGGUACAGGUUACAAUUUUGAAGCCAUACAAAUUUAUAUAGACUUUUUGUAGAGAAAUCCAUCAACAGUGUAAAAAAAAAUAUAUUUGAUGAGAAAUGUAUGUAGCAAGCUGGUUCUUGCUUGUGUAUACAGCGAUAACCUUUGUAGCUGCCUCCUAUUGAGAAAAUGAAUUUUUGAACACAGUUCUAAAGGAUGUGAGGUUUGUAUGAAAUAUUAAUACUCUGGAGUGUAAAUUAGAACAAUACAAAUUUCUUACCAAAAUUGUAAAUACUUCUGAUUUUUCAUAAAAUGUAAAUUUUCCAAAAAAAAUUGCACCCAUAAUAAACAUGUAAUAUAUAAUUUACAA